AUGGCGGACUAUCACUUUGGCGGCUCUGAUGAAGAGAAUGCGGAGCUGCGAAAGCUCGAGGCUGAGCUGAGCGAUGACCCUGACAACUUUGAAACCUGGGAGAAGCUCGUGCGCACAGCGGAGGCCCUCGAAGGCGGCCUCAACCGCAACUCCAACCCCCAGGCUAUCACUACCGCCCGUCAUGCCUACGAUCGAUUCCUCGCUAAGUUCCCGCUUCUUUUCGGAUACUGGAAGAAGUAUGCCGACAUGGAGUUCUCCAUCACAGGAACGGAAGCCGCAGAAAUGGUCUAUGAAAGAGGUGUUGCUAGCAUUUCAUCAUCAGUCGACCUAUGGACCAACUACUGUGGUUUCAAGGCUGAGACUUCUCACGAUUCAGACAUCAUUCGAGAUCUUUUCGAACGUGGUGCGAACAGCGUAGGCCUUGACUUCCUAGCUCAUCCAUUCUGGGACAAAUAUAUCGAGUUUGAGGAACGUGUGGAAGCGCAAGACAAGAUCUUCGGUAUCCUGAGUCGCAUUAUCCACAUUCCUAUGCACCAGUAUGCACGAUACUUUGAGCGCUACCGACAGCUUGCCCAGAACCAGCCCUUGUCUGAGUUGGCAUCUGCCGAUAUUUUAUCCCAGUUCCGUGCCGAGUUAGAGGCUGCAUCAUCUGAUGUUCCCCCAGGAGCAAAGGCUGAGGCUGAGAUUGAUCGUGAUCUGCGACUGCGUGUUGACAACUACCAUUUGGAGGUGUUCUCCAAGACCCAGACUGAAACCACCAAGCGCUGGACCUACGAGUCAGAAAUCAAACGUCCAUACUUCCAUGUGACUGAGUUGGAUGAGGGCCAGCUGACAAACUGGAAGAAGUACUUGGAUUUCGAAGAAGCCGAAGGCACGUAUUCCCGCAUCCAAUUCCUGUACGAGCGCUGCCUCGUGACAUGUGCUCAUUACGAUGAAUUUUGGCUCCGCUAUGCCCGCUGGAUGACCGCCCAGUCAGGCAAGGAAGAGGAGGCUCGCAUCAUCUACCAGCGAGCUAGCUGUCUUUACGUGCCAAUUGCCAACCCAGCUAUUCGAUUGCAGUAUGCCUACUUUGAAGAGAUGUCCGGCCGCACUGACAUUGCUAAGGAUAUCCACCAUUCUAUCCUAUUCUACUUGCCAAGUCACGUUGAAACCAUCAUCUCUUUGGCUAAUAUGUCUCGCCGACACGGUGGUUUAGAUGCAGCUAUUGAGAUCUACACGACUCAGCUGGACUCCCCUCAGGUAGAAAUGGCAACCAAGGCUGCCCUUGUUGCUGAAUGGGCUCGCCUUCUGUGGAAGAUUAAGGGUGCUCCUGAUGACGCUCGCAAGGUUUUCCAAGGCAACCAGCAGUAUUACCUUGAUAGUCGCCCCUUCUGGAACAGUUAUCUCAUGUUCGAGAUUGAGCAACCCACUAGCGCUGAGACCGAGGCCGUUCAAUAUGAGCGUAUCAAGAAAGUAGUGUCUGAUUUGCGAUCCAAGAGCACACUUUUCCCGGAGACAGUCAAGGAUUUGGUGCAAAUUUACAUGACAUACCUCCUAGAACGCGGUACUAAAGAUACUGCCAAGGAGUAUAUGACUCUGGAUCGAGAGAUUCAUGGUCCACCUUCCGUUGCUGCUCCUCGAACUGGUGGCUCUGUUGCCGUGGAAUCUACUUCCGAUGCCCAAACUCAUGCCUCCCCUACCUUGCCCCAGUUUUCCUCUGACCAGAUAGCUGCAGGACAUCUGCAGCCCCAGGACUACCAUCAAACAGAGCCUGCGAACGGUACCGCCGUUGCCUAA